AAACACAUAAAUGCCCAUUUCCCAUGGAACAUCCAUCCAUAAUGAAGCUAUCAGUUCUGAUCUUGACCAUCGUAGUACUUUUCCUCGGAGAAGCCCAUCUCCAACCAAGGGUUCCUCCUUCUUUUGGAAAGUAGAAUAUAAUGUUAUCGCCAUUACAAUAAAAAUAAUUGAUACUUGGUAAGCCGAAGGUUGUUUCCACAAUUCUCUGACUGUAUUCAAUAAUGUUCGAAGUCAGAGGCUUAAAGUUUUAUAUGCCGAUCCGGUAGUUCAGGUUUACGAGCCAGUGCUAAAGUACAUGACACAUGAAACACAAGACAUGAUUAAAUCAUUAUUGUAAUAACUAC